UGUUUGCUUGUUUGUUUCUUCCUCAGAAAUGGAGCAAGCUCUAUAUUUCAUUCUUCUUCUCAUUGCUCUCUGCUCCGUAUCUGAAUGUGUUCAGCGUCAGUAUCACUUUAUAAAUGAGAGGAAGACCUGGACUGAAGCUCAGAGAUACUGCAGAGAGAAUUACACAGAUCUGGCCACCGUUGACAACAUGAACGACAUGAACGAGCUGAAGAAGAUUGAUGGACGUGUCUGGAUUGGGCUGCAGAAGACGGGUCGUGAUAAAUGGCAGUGGUCUUCAGGUGAACCUGCGCUCUAUCUGAACUGGGCUACUGGACAACCAGAAAAUAACAAUUGUUCUAUUAUGAGAAAUGGAACAUGGCAUGUUGUGGGAUGUGAUAAGUCCCUGAAUUUCAUCUGCAAUUCAUCCAAUAACACGAACACAGGACUCGUCUUUGUCAAUCAGGAGAAAAAUUGGAAAGAUGCUCAGAGUUACUGCAGACAGAGUCACAUUGAUCUGGUCAGUGUGAGAAACCAGAGUGAGAAUCAACAGGUUGAGAAGCUCAUUAGUGAUAAUCACUCAUCUGGAUCAGAUGUCUGGAUCGGUCUGUUCAGAGACUCAUGGCAGUGGUCAGAUCAGAGUAACUCCUCAUUCAGAUACUGGAAGUCUGGUGAACCUAAUAAUAUUGGAGGUAAUGAAGACUGUACAGCUGUUGAACAGAACGCUUUGGGACAAUGGAUUGACAUCUCUUGCAGCAACCACCAGUUUCCUUUUGUGUGUCAUGAAGAUAAACUGAUUGUGAUCAGAGAGAAUCUGACGUGGUCUGAAGCUCUGAGAUACUGCAGACAGAAUCAUGUGGAUCUGGUCUCGGUUCAUUCAGAAGAGAUUCAGCGUCGUGUGAUGAACGUGGUUAAACGGGCGUCUACUGCGGCGGUGUGGUUGGGUUUACGUCACUCCUGCACUGUGGGCAUCUGGUUCUGGGUGAGUGGAGAGACCGUGUGCUAUCAGAACUGGGCUCCAGGGAAC